AAUCACAAUGUAUUCAAGUUGGAAGCGGUUUUCAAGUUCACCUGAUUCAGCUCCCUUACUCUACAGAUGGAGAACCUAAGACCUGGAGAGGAGGGAAAUUGCUCACAGUCACAUCUGUGUGUAGCCACAGGGCUGUCAUGACUUUCCUCGUGGCCAGAAAGCCUUGAGCAACUCAAUGGCCCUUCACCCUUUACCUUUGACACUGAGGAGAUGACUCAGCAAUGGAAUGAAACCCCUGGGGUUCCAGGUGAAGAAGCAGCCUAGCCAUGGAUGCUGCCAAUGAGUCUUCAGAAGGAAGCCCAUUCAUCCUACUGGGACUAACAACAAAUCCCAGCCAGCAGCGACCUCUUUUCGUGCUCUUCUUGGUCCUCUAUGUGGCGGGCAUCCUGGGUAAUGGACUCAUCGUGGCCGCCAUCCGAGCCAGUCCAGCCCUUCACACUCCCAUGUACUUCCUGCUGGCCCACCUGUCCUUUGCUGACCUCUGCUUUACCUCCGUCACGGUACCUAAGAUGCUGGUCAACCUGCUGGCCCACAACCGCUCCAUCUCCCCGGCUGGCUGUCUGACCCAGAUGUACUUCUUCUUUGCCCUGGGUGUAACUGACAGCUGCCUCCUGGCUGCCAUGGCCUAUGACCGCUACGUAGCCAUCCGGCACCCCCUCCACUAUGCCACGAGGAUGUCCCGGGCCAUGUGCACAGCCCUGGUGGGGACAGCGUGGCUCGUGUCCCACAUCCACUCCCUACUGCAUAUCCUGCUUAUGGCCCGCCUGUCCUUCUGUGCCUCCCACCAAGUGCCCCACUUCUUCUGUGACCACCAGCCUCUCUUAAGGCUCUCCUGCUCUGACACCCGGCACAUCCAGCUGCUCAUCUUCACCGAGGGCGCCGCAGUGGUGGUCACUCCCUUCCUGCUCAUCCUCGCCUCCUACGGGGCCAUUGCAGCUGUGGUGAUCCGGCUGCCGUCAGCCGCCGGGAGGCUCCGGGCUGUGUCCACCUGUGGCUCCCACCUGGCCAUGGUGGGCCUCUUCUACGGGACAGUCAUCGCAGUCUACUUCCGGCCCACGUCCCGGUAUGAGGCCGAGCAGGGCCGUGUGGCCACCGUCAUGUACACCGUGGUCACGCCCAUGCUGAACCCGGUCAUCUAUAGCCUCCGGAACCGUGAUGUGCAGGGGGCACUCAGAGACCUUUUCACUCAACGACGGAUCUCAGGGGGUGACUCCUGA